AUGCCCGUGUGCGGCGGAACCUUCAAGCUAGAGGAGGCCACCAUCGACCAGAUGCAGAAAGCGAUGCAGGAUGGAAUCAUGACAUCGCAGCAGCUGGUCAUCUGCUAUGUGCAGCGGACCUUCCAGACGCAGGAAUAUAUCAGCUCCGUGAUGCAGAUGAACCCUGACGUCUUGGCAAUCGCAGCCAGGAUGGACGAGCUGAGGAAAGCAGGCCAGCUUCUCGGCCCGUUGCACGGCAUCCCCUUUACCGUCAAAGACAACAUCGCAACCAAAGACAGUAUGGAGACCACGGCCGGCAGCUGGGCUCUCUUGGGGAGCGUCGUUCCCCGCGAUGCCUUCGUCGUCGCGCGUCUCAGGGCGGCCGGGGCCGUCCUCUUCGGCAAGGCAACGAUGAGCGAGUGGGCGGACAUGAGAAGCACGGGGUAUUCCGAGGGCUACUCGCCGAGGGGGGGACAGGCGCGGAGCCCUUACAAUCUUACCCUGAACCCCUUUGGCAGCAGUUCCGGCAGCGCGAUCGGCGUGGCUGCCAACGCGAUUGCCUUCUCUCUCGGGACCGAGACUGAUGGCAGCGUCAUCAGUCCUGCUCACAGGAACGCUGUGGUGGGCUUCAAGCCAACGGUCGGACUGACCUCGAGAGAUGGGGUAAUCCCGGAAUGCGAGCAUCAAGACACGGUCGGUACUUUCGGCCGAACUGUAAGGGACGCCGUGUACGCGCUCGAUGCCAUCUACGGCGUAGACCCCCGAGACAACUACACGGAUGCUCAGCGCGGGAAGACUCCGUUAUCCGGAGGCUAUUCGCAGUUCCUCACCACCAAGACGGCUUUGAAGAACGCGACCUUUGGCAUCCCCUGGCACAGCUUCUGGGAUCACGCAAGCGCAGAAAACAAGGCGCAACUAGGUCGACUCAUCGACCUGAUCAAGGCGGCCGGCGCACGCGUCGUCAACUACACCGAAAUAGCCGACUUUGACAACAUCGUGAGGAAACGCGGCUGGGACUGGGACUGGCGCGCAAAGGAGCUCAACAGGCCGUACGAGUCGGAGUACACGGUGGUGAAGGUCGACUUCUACAACAACAUCAAGAAGUACCUCUCGGAGCUGCAGAACACGGACAUCCGCUCGCUCGAAGACAUCAUCCGCUUCAACUACGAGAACGACGGGACCGAGGGCGGGCACCCGUACGGGCAGAACUACACCGACGCCGGCAGCGGCAGGACCUCGUACCACGGCCACCCGGCGUUCCGCACCGGGCAGAACGGCUUCCUCAUGUCCAACGCCACGCAGGGGGUCCAGGACGAGACGUAUUGGCGGGCGCUCGAAUUCAUGCAGAGAACGACGCGCGACGGGAUCGACGCGGCUUUGACCCAUGACGGGACUCGGCUAUCUGGCUUGCUCGUGCCUCCGUCCGUGGGUCAGACCUACCAGAUCGCGGCGCAGGCCGGGUAUCCCAUGGUCACCAUCCCGGCGGGCGUGGACCCGGUUUCGGGCAUGCCGUUCGGGCUCGGGAUCAUGCAGACGGCGUUUGGUGAGGAGGAGCUUGUCCGCUGGGCCAGCGCCAUCGAGGACUUGCAGUUGACUUCAGGCACGGAGCUAAAGAGGACGCGACCGAAGUGGUACAGAUACUUGGAGAAGCCACUCCCGGUCAGAAGGGAGUCAUAG